AUGUCCAAGGUGAAGGCGUAUCUGCAUGUGGACUACAAGCCAGGCGAGAGACGUCUUGUUCAAAAGAUUGACUUUUUUAUCCUGACGUUUUGUUGCUUGAGUUACUUUGUCAACUACCUGGAUCGAAAUAAUAUCAAUAAUGCGUAUGUUUCUGGAAUGAGGGACGACCUUGGAUUUAAAGGUGAUCAAUUGAACCAGAUCAUGACAUGUUUUACCGUUGGUUACGUUAUAGGUCAGGUCCCCUCCAACCUCGCCCUUCAGUACGUCAAACCUCAUGUUUUCCUGCCGCUCAUGAUGGUCCUAUGGGGCUGCCUCACCAUGGUCACCGCCUCAGUCAAGAGUCCCGAGUCCAUCAUGGCAAUCCGCUUCUUCCAGGGCAUCUGCGAGGCGUCCACCUUUGUCGGGACGCACUACGUACUCGGCAGCUGGUUCACCGAGAGGGAGCUCGGAAAGAGGAGCGGUAUCUUCACGGCUUCUGGUCUGGCGGGGACCAUGAUUGGAGGUUUCAUCCAGACGGGCAUUCACUCGAGUAUGGAUGGCAAACAUGGCCUGAGCGGUUGGCGCUGGCUGUUUAUCAUUGACGGCUUGAUCACUAUCCCUGUUGCCAUAUACGGCUUCUUCUUGUUCCCGGAUACACCGUAUACAACCACUGCGUUUUACCUCUCCGAGGAAGAGCGAGCUCUGGCCAUCUCCCGCGUCCCUCCCGCUGAGGAGAGGCCCCGUCUCACGCUUCGCUACGGCAAGAUGGUUCUCACAUCGUGGUUCUGGUGGGGAUUUGUCAUUCUCUGGAUCAUCGCUGGCGAGACCGAGUCCUUCAGCACCAACGCCCUCUUUGCUCUCUUCCUACAGAACCACCCGACCAACAAGUACACGGUAUCCCAGAUGAACAACUACCCAAGCGGCGUGCCAGCAGUGGGUAUCGUAUCUACACUAUUCUGGGCAACAUUGACAGAUUUCCUGGGCGGCAAGCGAUAUCUUGUCGGAUACUUCAUCGGCAUAACAGGCAUCGCGACAUCUAUAAUGGUUCUAGUCGCUUCCAAGGACCCAACGAGCGCGGGAUCGACUACAGUUGUCUUUGCAGCUUACUACUGGGCUGGAUCAGUUUAUGCAUGUCAGGCUACCUUUUUUGCCUGGUGUAACGAUGUCAUGAGGCAUGAAUCCGCCAUGUUCCGCGGUAUAGUCCUUGCUGGAAUGAACACAGGCAGUAAUGUCAUCAACGCCUGGUGGAGUAUAGUCUUUUACGGUGCAUCCAUGGCGCCUUGGUUUAUUCGGGGAAUGUGGGCAAUGAUUGCUUGUAGUAUCGCCAUGAUCAUUUGGUGUUCGGCUUUGACGUGGAAGACUCACAGGUAUAUGAGUAAUGUGGUUGUUUCUUCUGAGAGUCGGAGUUUAGAACACGACAAGCAAGAAGCAGGAAAGGAGGAAGCAUGA